UUAGUAACAAGAAGUGAGAUUGCACGAGAUGUCGAAUCCUUGACCUUUGAUAGUGAUGGUGGAACUUUUAUAUAAAGAUGGUACAUUGGUCAAUCCAUGGUCAGAACCCAGCUCUGCUAUCCUCCCUAACAGAACCAAACACAGUAGUUAGAGAUGGAGAACGCAGAGCUUUACUUGAGCUACAACGCUGUACAGAAGCGAGACGCUGAGAUGAUUCUUGGAGAGUUCUCGUCGAGAUUGUCGUGGUCUGAGAAUGAAGAUGUACUCGACAUUGGGUGUGGCCCUGGCGAUGUUUCCACGGAGGUCUUGCUGCCUCAUUUGCCCAAAAACGCAACUCUGGUUGGUGUUGACCUCAGUCCGAACAUGGUAGAAUACGCAAACGAGAAGUACGCCAACGACAGGAUCUCUUUCAAAACUUUAGACAUCGCUACAAAAGACAUUAAGAAACAACUGCCAGAGAAACACUUUUCUAAAAUCUUCUCUUGCCAUUGCCUACACUGGGUGCAAGACCAGAGACAACUGGGAGAAAACCUGUCCACUCUCCUAAAGCCUGGUGGCGAGUUCCUAGCAGUCAUGACUCCCUCAAGUCAGCUGUUUUUGGCUCUCAAACUUCUCAGUCAGUUCCAACAGUUCCAGGAGUACUGCCAGGACGUGGACCAGUUUAUUCCCCCCCUCCACCACUCUCAGGAUCCUGCGGAGGAUUUGAGGCGGACUCUGACCAGUCAAGGAUUGGAGGUUAUCGUCUGUGAACAAAGGCUCAACCCUGUAACCUACCCCAACAUGGAAACCAUGAAGAGGGCGUUUGAAGCAUUUAACCCAUUUGUGAAGAGAAUGCCCGAAGAUAUCAAGGAGCAAUAUCUGGCAAUCUUCGAGGUCCUUGUGCGUCAACGAGUUCCCAUCACGGAAACUGGAGAAGUCAACAUAGAGAAUCCCAUUCUAGUUGUUUACGCUCGUAAACCCACAGCCACCUGGGCGUUCAGUCAUCACUCUCGAGCCUGCUCCAGCAUCUGUUAACUCGAUAGUAUUCUGUUGAUGGGACAAAGAGGAGAAACUGAUUCAUCCUUUAACCCAUGCUAAAUAUUAUGUUAAAUAUAGGCUAGUCAAUGUUCAUAUUGUAUCUAUGCUACUAACAAAUUAAACUGUCAUAUUUUUGUAAAUAUUUUUUUAUUGAGUUGGAAGAAAAAGGAAAUUUUAUAUACCGAAAGAAUUAAACAUAUUUUUAUACAGUAA